AUGACAUUGCAUGACGUAGACAUCUCACGAGUAACAGAUGAGACAACGGGGCAAAUAAUAGACAACGUAACUUAUCCACUAUAUCAGGUAGUAGACCAUGAGCUGGGGGAGCUAGCAGGUCACACUUUAGGUGGAGGAGGUGAGCCUAAGACGCAAAUUGGCCAAUUGGUCACUGAGGCGUUGGAGGCUGUUGUGGCCAUGGACGAAAGUCUCAAGAGGGAUUUGAAGGAUGUUAAAGAUAAGAUUAAAAAUGGGAUUACGGAUGUGAUUACGAGAUUGGAAGUUGAGAAAUUGGAUCAGAAAGUGAAAGAUGAUUUGGGGACGUUGAAGGGGAAUAUCAUGAAGCUUAACCAGCAGGUUAAAGAUGAUGACUCAGAUGAUAAUAUAGUUGGUGGGCAAUUGAAGGCGCUUAAAACGCAAAAGACUAUUUUAGAUAAUACUACUAGCAAGGAACAUGGUUCAAUCGCGAGGGAGACUGGAUUGCUUGAAAGUAAGUUUCAGACCGCGAUCCAAGGGCCGCUUAACAAAAAAGUCAAAGCAGUUGACACGGCGAUUGGGAAGCUUGGCGGGAAGUUUACUGGGAUCCAAAGCGAGGAGGACAAAAGGACAAUUGCAGGUAUUUUCGAGCAUAUUAAAGGAAAGGUUGGGAAGAUUAAGGGCGACAAAGGAAACGGAGAGUGGCGCGGUAAUACCGGCAGCGGGAUGGAUGGCGUUCAAAGCGCAGUGGAGCAGUAUUACAGCGCGUUAUCCGGGCAAAAUGCAUUUUACCAAAGAGUCCAAGGGUGGCUGGAUGCGAUUUGGGGGAAGAAGGGUGAACAGAAGAAAGAUCGUAAUCUUCAAGCGUGGCUUAAGGCGUGGAUUGAGCGGAAGGGUGUGAACCUGUCGCGGGUCCAACCUACGGUUGCCGGUGGUGAAUCCGCCAUUGACAAAUUCCGUGGUGCAGUUAUCAACGCCAUUAAUAAACAUUUUAAUGACGACCAAACAGCAGCCGAAGGAAAGGUUAAGGAAGUGAAAAAAGACAAUAGCAUUCAAAAUAGCAUCACAGCCGUAAAAGAAGGGUGCAAGCAUUUUGUCGAAAAGCUGGAUGAGAAAUUUAAAGACAGCGAUGAUUUACUCGAAAGUGUCGCCAAGGAGAUUUUACCGAAGGUUGCAAACAAUCAGCAGAAUAGCCGCAAUGAAGACCAAAUUAAAAAGUUUAUCAAGUUCACGCUCCCAGCGCUCCGCGCCACCGUCUACCAGGUGGCCGAGGAGCUACACUCAGUGCUGCUCGGCAAUGGGACCGCAACGAUAAACAUCGCAGACCUGUUGGAUAAAGCCAAAAAGGCAACUGAAGAGCUUGACGGUCAGCUUACUGCGGCGACUAAAAAUGGCCCCUCACCUCCCGCCCCCGAAGCUGGCACCGCCCAAGCCGUGGACAAGAGGUUGGAGGCAGUGAGGGAUGAGGUGAAUACCAACAUUACGAAUAAGUUUAAAAGCAAUGUAAUAAACCAACUUGAGAUUGAGGUCAAGAAACUUCCCGACGCCGUUAAAGAGUUCGACGAGAAAGCUCAAGCACAGAUCAAGGCUGCGGCCAAGAAGGCUAUCACAGAGGCGGCUGGGCAGAUUAAGGAAGCUAAUGGUAAAAUAGAGUUUAAUGACGAUUUUAUGAAACAGUUUAAGGAAACCUACGAACCGAUCAAAACUGAUUUACAAAAACAACUUGAGCAAAAAGUUUAUGACCAGUUACCUAAGGCCGGCGGUACAAAGGAAAAUACCCAUGUCAAACUCCAAGGUGCUCCCAACAUUAAUAGUUAUAAUGGUCACGUUGGUCGAAAACACAUUGAAGACCUCAAGAGCGGUGAUACCCUAAAAGGCAUUAAAAGCGGAGGCUCUCUUCCACUGGCGAUCGGGAAGAUUAAAGAUGAGGGUCUGAAACCUUUCGGUGAGAAUGGUGUCAAGGAUAUACUCAACGCAGGAGCAAAAACCUUCACCGGUCCGUUCGACACAAUAAAGGAACAGCUUGGAGAGAUCAAGAAAUUGGUUAGUGAUGAUGUCAAAUUCAUGGAUGAUGAUAAAAAGAGAGGCGUUAAAAACUACCUAAAUAGUUUGAGGAGUAUGUUUAAUAAAACGUCCUGGGUUCAUGCAGUUCCUGGCCUUGAUGCAAUUAAAACGUCGAUUGAAGCUCUGCAAAAAACUCCGUUCACUACCCAACCCGAAGAAAUUGAGAAAGCCGUCAAAGCAAUUAAGGCGGAGCUUGGGGUGCUUAGAGGGAAGUUGAAGAAAGAUGGUGGCGUCCCUAAAGAUGGUGUUAUUGACGUGUUGGCAGAUUUGAAAGGCGCAGGUUUUGAGAAUAAAAUCGGUUGGACACCAAAUGGCCAAUCUCUCAGUGGUCUUGGGAAAAUCGAGAGUGACCUUCAAAAAGAAAAUGAUGAAUUGCCUAGGCAAACGAAAAUAAUUGGUGAAGCCAUGGAGAUACUCGCAAAAGAAAUAAAGGAUAUCCUCAGAGAUGUAGGAAUGAAGUUGGAUCAUAACGCCAUUCCUAAUGGUGAUGAGGUCCUGUACUACUUGCGGCGGUUGGAGAGGAAACUUGGUAAAGGGAAAGUAAAAGAUAGCGACAAUCUUCAACAGAUUCAAAAGGCAAUUCAAAAACUUCAUGACGAUCCGUUUAGUACACAUCCCACAAAAAUAGGAGAAGCCAACGACCUUAUUAAACAAGAACUUACUGCCCUUCGAGGUGUGCUGCAAGGUGACAAGGAUAGCGAAGAGGAUGUCAUUGAUACAUUGAAAAUUUUGCAGAACGCAGGGCUUGGUGAUAAGGAUUGGAAAAAGAGAUUGAAAUACGAAAGGGCGUGA